GCUAAUUAAUGUGACCACUGUACAGUAUUUAUCAGUGGGGAUGCCCCAUAUACAGCCUAUGUCAGGUACCUUUCCCCAGGCACAGCCUAUGCCAGUUAUGGUGACCAAUAUGCCACUUGUGCCAGUUACAGGGCCUAAUGUACAGCUUGUUCUAGGGCUUCUGCCCGGAUUACAGAGUAUGCCACAUAUGGUGCCCCAUGUACAGCCUGUGCUAGCAACAAUACCUGGUAUGCAGCAUGUGCCUGUCACUGUGUGCCAGAGACAGCCUAUUCCUGUUAAUGUACCCAAUGUACAGCCUAUGCCAAUCACUGUGCGCCAGAGACAGCCUAUGCCUGUUAAUGUACCUCAUGUCCAGCAUCUGGCAAUCACAGUGCCCCAUAUACAGCCUAUGCCUGUUAAUGUACUCCAUGUCCAGCAUCUGCCAAGCACAGUGCCCCAUACACAGCCUAUGCCUGUUAAUGUACCUCAUGUCCAGCAUCUGGCAAUCACAGUGCCCCAUAUACAGCCUAUGCCUGUUAAUGUACUCCAUGUCCAGCAUCUGCCAAGCACAGUGCCCCAUAUACAGCCUAUGCCUGUUAAUGUACUCCAUGUCCAGCAUCUGCCAAGCACAGUGCCCCAUACACAGCCUAUGCCUGUUAAUGUACUCCAUGUCCAGCAUCUGCCAAGCACAGUGCCCCAUACACAGCCUAUGCCUGUUAAUGUACCUCAUGUCCAGCAUAUGGUAAUCACUGUGCCCCAUACACAGCCUAUGCCUGUUAAUGUACUCCAUGUCCAGCAUCUGCCAAGCACAGUGCCCCAUACACAGCCUAUGCCUGUUAAUGUACCUCAUGUCCAGCAUAUGGUAAUCACUGUGCCCCAUACACAGCCUAUGCCUGUUAAUGUACUCCAUGUCCAGCAUCUGCCAAGCACAGUGCCCCAUACACAGCCUAUGCCUGUUAAUGUACCUCAUGUCCAGCAUAUGGUAAUCACUGUGCCCCAUACACAGCCUAUGCCUGUUAAUGUACUCCAUGUCCAGCAUCUGCCAAGCACAGUGCCCCAUACACAGCCUAUGCCUGUUAAUGUACCUCAUGUCCAGCAUAUGGUAAUCACUGUGCCCCAUACACAGCCUAUGCCUGUUAAUGUACUCCAUGUCCAGCAUCUGCCAAGCACAGUGCCCCAAAGACAGCCUAUGCCUGUUAAUGUACCUCAUGUCCAGCAUCUGCCAAGCACAGUGCCCCAAAGACAGCCUAUGCCUGUUAAUGUACUCCAUGUCCAGCAUCUGCCAAGCACAGUGCCCCAAAGACAGCCUAUGCCUGUUAAUGUACCUCAUGUCCAGCAUCUGCCAAGCACAGUGCCCCAAAGACAGCCUAUGCCUGUUAAUGUACUCCAUGUCCAGCAUCUGCCAAGCACAGUGCCCCAAAGACAGCCUAUGCCUGUUAAUGUACUCCAUGUCCAGCAUCUGCCAAGCACAGUGCCCCAAAGACAGCCUAUGCCUGUUAAUGUACUCCAUGUCCAGCAUCUGCCAAGCACAGUGCCCCAAAGACAGCCUAUGCCUGUUAAUGUACCUCAUGUCCAGCAUCUGCCAAGCACAGUGCCCCAAAGACAGCCUAUGCCUGUUAAUGUACUCCAUGUCCAGCAUCUGCCAAGCACAGUGCCCCAAAGACAGCCUAUGCCUGUUAAUGUACCUCAUGUCCAGCAUCUGCCAAGCACAGUGCCCCAAAGACAGCCUAUGCCUGUUAAUGUACCUCAUGUCCAGCAUCUGGCAAUCACAGUGCCCCAUAUACAGCCUAUGCCUGUUAAUGUACCUCAUGUCCAGCAUCUGCCAAGCACAGUGCCCCAAAGACAGCCUAUGCCUGUUAAUGUACCUCAUGUCCAGCAUCUGCCAAGCACAGUGCCCCAAAGACAGCCUAUGCCUGUUAAUGUACUCCAUGUCCAGCAUCUGCCAAACACAGUGCCCCAUAUACAGCCUAUGCCUGUUAAUGUACUCCAUGUCCAGCAUCUGCCAAGCACAGUGCCCCAUAUACAGCCUAUGCCUGUUAAUGUACUCCAUGUCCAGCAUCUGCCAAGCACAGUGCCCCAUAUACAGCCUAUGCCUGUUAAUGUACUCCAUGUCCAGCAUCUGCCAAGCACAGUGCCCCAAAGACAGCCUAUGCCUGUUAAUGUACCUCAUGUCCAGCAUAUGGUAAUCACUGUGCCCCAUACACAGCCUAUGCCUGUUAAUGUACUCCAUGUCCAGCAUCUGCCAAACACAGUGCCCCAUACACAGCCUAUGCCUGUUUCUGUGCCCCAUGUCCAUCCUAUGCCAAUUGCUGUGCCCAGUGUACAGACUGUACAGAUUAAAGUAUCUUGCAUACCACUCAUGCCACUGCCUGAUACACAGCCUAGGCCAGUACGGAUGGCUUGUGUACAGCCCAUACCAAUUACAGUGCCCAGUGUACAGCCUAUGCCAGGUAUGAUGCCCAAUGUACAGCCUUUGCCACUUAUGGGACCCCCUGUCCAACCUAUGCCACCUAUGAUGUCCCAUUUUCAGCCUAUGCCACUUAUGAUGCCCCAAGUGCGUCCUGUGCCACCUACAACGCCCCGUGUACGGCGUGGGCGAGGUAGGAUGCCAAAUGUACGAAAUAUGCCAGUUACAAUGCCCAAUGUCCAGCCUGUGCCAGCGCUGAUGGCCCGCGGCAUGCUCCGUGACAGAUUUAUGAGAACGCUGCUGCAGGACCAGGAACAGUGUUUCCAGAGAAAUCACUAAGCGCUGAAGAAAGAAAACAUCUGGCAAGGUCCAUGGGCGUGACAGAAGCCAAACUGCAUAGAUGGUUCAAGAAGAAGAGAGAGAGAGAUUCUGGAGAGGGCAGAAUCCUUCAGGGCGUAGCAGUACUCCUCCUGAGGCCCAGCCCACCCCUCCCUGAAGAUUGUGCAGGAGGCCUAAGUUUUGCCAUUAACCAUGAGACACUUCUAGAUGGACAUAUGCCCCCCCCACAAAUGUUAUUAUAUCUUUCUUCCCUAAGAACUUGUA